AUGAGAGGAAAAAUGGGUACUUCUCCUCAUGCUGUUGAAGCUCGACACCGUUUGCCUGCAUCCUUUGAAGAUUUAUACAAACGAAGAUUGCCAAGAAGCAAAGUGAAAGAUGUAGAGAAGCCUUUCCAUUUAUCUAUCCAAGAUAGGAACUCAAGAUGCAAGUUUUCUUUCUUAAAACUUAUCCUAUUGAUAACCAUUUGCGGCACUUUUGUAACGCUCCUAUACUCUCCGGAGGUUUACAAUACCAACCAUUUAUCAAGCUCUAGCUCUCGUCAUAAUUUUGUGAACAGGUGGAUAUGGGGUGGUUCAGAUCCUCGGUAUAUGUCGAAUAUAGAUACUGACUGGAAUGAUAUAUUGAAAAUUACCGAAAAGCUGAAAGGUAAAAAUGAAUUUCAAGGGAUUGGACUUGUAAAUUUCAAUAAGACUGAAACAAACCACUGGGAGCAUCUUAUUCCUGAUGCUACACAUGUUGUUCUGCCCUUGGACUAUGCUGCAAAAAACAUGACAUGGGAGUCACUAUACCUUGAAUGGAUUGAUGAGGAAGAAGAAACUGAAGUUCCUGUUUGCCCUUCUUUACCAAGUCUUAGAUCUCCUGGAAUAAGACUUAAUCUCAUUGCUGUGAAGCUUCCUUGUCGUAAUGGGGGGAAUUGGUCUAGAGAUGUUGCUCGUUUGCACCUUCAGCUUGCAGCUGCUGCUCUUGCAGCCUCUUUCAAAGGCAAUUACUCCGUUUAUGUUCUCUUUAUUACCAAUUGUUUUCCAAUACCAAAUCUGUUUACAUGCAAAGAACUAGUUGGACGUGAAGGGAAUGCAUGGUUAUACAGACCAAAUUUGAGUGUUCUGAGAGAAAAAGUCCAGCUUCCUGUAGGAUCUUGUGAACUUGCACUUCCUAUGAGAGGCAAAGAGCUGGUAUACAAUGGAAAUGCUCCAAGAGAAGCCUAUGCAACAAUUCUACAUUCAGCUCAUGUUUAUGUUUGUGGAGCUAUAGCUGCUGCACAAAGCAUCCGCAUGUCUGGAUCAACUCGAGACCUUGUGAUACUUGUUGAUGAGACAAUCAGUGGAUACCACAGAAGUGGUUUGGAAGCAGCAGGGUGGAAGGUUAGAACAAUACAGAGAAUCAGAAACCCCAAAGCUGAAAAAGAUGCUUACAAUGAAUGGAACUACAGCAAAUUCCGGUUAUGGCAGCUUACAGAUUAUGACAAGAUAAUAUUUAUUGAUGCAGAUUUACUCAUACUAAGAAACAUUGAUUUCCUAUUUGGAAUGCCAGAAAUCAGUGCAACUGGAAAUAAUGCCACUCUUUUUAACUCGGGUGUCAUGGUUGUUGAGCCAUCAAAUUGCACAUUUCAUCUCUUGAUGGAUUAUAUUAAUGAGAUUGAGUCUUACAAUGGAGGGGACCAGGGAUAUUUGAAUGAAAUAUUUACAUGGUGGCAUAGGAUACCAAGACACAUGAACUUCUUGAAGCAUUUUUGGAUUGGUGAUGAGGAGGAGAAGAAACAGAUGAAAACUAUGCUGUUUGGUGCUGAGCCUCCAAUUCUGUAUGUUCUUCACUAUCUAGGUUUGAAGCCUUGGUUAUGCUACAGGGACUAUGAUUGUAACUGGAAUGCUGAUAUAUUUCAUGAGUUUGCAAGUGAUGUUGCACAUGAAAAGUGGUGGAAGGUGCAUGAUGCAAUGCCUGAGCUUUUGCAGCAGUUUUGCAUGUUGAAGUCAAAGCAGAAGGCACAGUUAGAGUGGGAUCGUAGACAGGCUAAGAUAGCAAACUAUACAGAUGGGCAUUGGAGAAUUGAAGUUAAAGAUAGGCGCUUGAAGAAAUGUAUAGAUAAUUUGUGCAAUUGGAAAAGCAUGUUGAGGCAUUGGGGAGAGACAAAUUGGACAGAUGAUGAGUCUUACACUCCAACACCACCUGCUAUUACCACCACAUCAUCUCUUCCUGCUUUAUGA